GACAGUCACGUUAGUCAGUCCAAGAUGGCUCCUUUGGCAGAAGAGCACUUCAGUUCACUACAGCUCCUCUUAAAGGCUUCAUCCAAAGAUGUCGUGCGGAAAAUAUGCACAGACAGUUUCCCCUCGCAUGCACACAAGUCCCAGAGACUUGUAGACAGCACUGCCCAAGCCCUGUCUGUGUCAGGCAGUGAGGCUGUGCAGGUGCUGAGAGCCUUUCAUUUGCUCUCGCAUCAUGUGGUGUUCUACAAUCUGACAGCACCAGAACAAAUCCAGUCAGUUUUUCCAGCAACGUUCCAUUCCAACCUUAAAAACCUUAUCACUAAGAUCCUAUUGGAGCAAAGUCUGGCAUGGAGAAAUGAGGCUUUGUCCGAUCAAAUCUCUUUGCCACGGCUUGUCGAUUUGGAUUGGAGAGUGGACAUGAAGACGGCGUCUGACUUGGUGAGCCGCAUGGCUGUGCCUACCUGUAUUCUACACAUGAAGAUCCAAGAAGGUGGCAACGUGAGCAGCAGCACAAGCGAGUCCUCAGUCACUGUGGAACUAAGCAAAGAAACUUUGGACACAAUGCUAGACGGACUGGGACGCAUCCGAGACCAGCUCUCAACCGUGGCUGGGAAAUAGGACCGAUCUGAGAUAACAGUAACAGCAGUUGGAUUUGUACAGUAUAUUUAAGAGUAAACAGUUACACUGCAAGUGUGAUUUAUUUUUUUUUUCUAAUGAUGCAAGUAAUCUUGCUUGUAUAUUGUGUGUAUAAGCAUAUAUAGUCAGCCCCCUUUCCCUGCAGAAUAAAGCAUUUUUGCCCACAUAGCAAG